UGCAAUGCAAUCGUGGUAAGUAUGUGUCACUGCAUCUUGUAUUGACUCCGCCAACAGAAGCUUUAAACCAUUUUCACUAGGCGCUUGUGGCCGUGCUAUUCACUGCGAACGACAUGGAACCAGGUGGGCUUGCAAACGAACUCGUCUGAAUUGCUUGUGAAGGAAAUACAAUGUCCAAUUUUAAGGACACAAACUCUACCCCAGACGGGUAUAGGGCUCUAAACAUGAGUGAAUUGCAGGAGCUUUUACAAGAUAAAGAAAAAAUGGACCAGAUCGUCCGACUCAAUGAGAAGUUUCAGGAGCUGCAGGUGGACAGAGAGAUCCUGCUGACCUCCAACCGGAGCUUGGCCGACGAGAGCAUCGCCAGGCGACCCCGCCUCAACAACGGAAAACUCCAGCUGGCCGAGAAAUACAAGGAGCUGGCCAAUCUGGCAACCAUCUGUUGGGAAAAACAGAGCCGGCUCGUGCCCCACACACAGAAGCACAGCCUCCAAACAGCACAAAAUCUUCUCCACGAAGAUGUGGCGCGUGCUGAGGAACUGUCUGAGGACCUCCUGGAGAAGUUCAUGGAGGGGAACGUGCCCUUGGAGGGGUUCCUGGAUUCCUUCCAAAGCUCCAGGAAGAGCUACCACAUCCGUCGUGUUCAGGCAGAGAAAAUUCAGGAGCUCAGCCGAGCCAAAGAGAAUUCCAGCAAACCCAAAAAGCUAGAGGAGCGAGAGGACAAGGCGCAGGAGGUGAAGAGAGACAAGCACCCUGAAACCCAGCAGCCCAACGGCUUCGUGGCCCAGGGCCCGCCCCGGGUCUUCCAGCUCCGCUACGGCCUCACCCCCGCCAUCCUGCUGCCCCACUUCCCCCUGCCAACCACCUCACCCUCUGCUCCGUCACACGCCAGUCUACCUCCGCUGGGCUCCCAGCCGGGCCAGACCCACAUCCUGAGUCCAAGUGCCCAGCUCUCGCGACAUGGGCACCCUGUGAACCUACGGCUCAUUGGACAAUUACCCGGUGGCUGGCCAACCAGACCGGUGCGGUUACAGCAGCUCUAUAGGCCCGCCACUCACCAGCCUGAGCCUCUAUACCGAUAGCUGAGGCAUGGGCCCCGGAGGUCUCUAGACAUGGAACCAAACAGCGGCUACCAGACUCAUGCACGCAAAGAUGGCCUUUGAAGACUUUGUGGAAUUGAUCUGACACAUACGUUCACCAGCCAUGACAGAAAAUGUAAACAUACCUAAAAAGGAGAUAACCGGAAGCCAUUAAGCAUGGAGUAAGUGUAAUUGAAAGCAAGCAAGUGAAUGAAUGAAGGAGCAACAGGGUGUGGUUUUCAUUGUUGUUUGUUUUUUUCUUUGAAUGUUACACUGUCAGGGCGUCACAGGGUUGUGAAAUGUCUCAAAUGGAGUAGUGUCUCCGGUUUGUCAUAAAGGACCCCAUUGUCCAUUCCUCCGACUGAGAACUGCAAGGCUUCUCUGAAAUGGCCUGGUGUCGUUUUGCUGAUGAUCAAUAAAGUACAAAUUGUGGUGUUUAUUAUUAACCUAAA